AUGGUUCGGUUCAAGAAUCGCUGGCUCCUUGUCGAAUUUGUUGACACGUCUACUGCGGAUGUCUCCACUGGAAAUGAGCCUCUAAGUACGCGGUCUCUGGACGGGAGGUUGAUCUACAACGCUCUCCGUGAUAGUGUCGUGACAAACUUUGGCGACACUGGAUGGGGAGCAGUGGGGAUGUCGUUGACCGUCAAGUAUUUUUCACCGACCACCAACCUUUGUAUUAUUCGUGUCGCACGAGAUCAUCAUCGAAUUGCAUGGGGUGCGGUCACGCUUCUCACUAGCAUCCACGAUGUCAGGAUCAUCCCGCGUGUUAUUCAUGUCUCAGGUACCAUCAAACAUGCGCAACUCUCGGCAAUCGCACACAACCGAGAAGUUAUUGCGCGGUUUCGCACUAAACUCAAAAAUGCCGCACUCCAUCAUGACUCAUAUGAUGACUAUCUCGCGCGAAGUACUCGUGAGAUUGAGGCUUUGCAGGACUGA